CCCUCCCCUCCCCUUCCUCCUCCCUGGGUUGGGAUGGAUGGGGUGGCUGGAGGGGUGGGUACCCCCACCAGCACCGGGGGGUCUGGGGGUGACAGCCUGCCCAGACGUAAUGGGGACUCCAAGCGGCGCAGUAAGGGCAGCCUGCCCUCUCCUGGAUACAGGCUGUCUCAGGCCUCACUGGAAGGGGAAAGGGGCUCCUUUGGGGCAGACAGUACCUCCUCAGGUGGACGUGGCCGUCGCCCCUCCAUCAUGAGUUCCACUAGGGACAGUCUGCCCUUCCGCACAGCGGGCACACCAACAACCCCGGUGCCUCUACCGCCUCCUCCACCCACCUCCUCCUCUGUCACUCAUCCUCCUCCGCGCUCGGUCGGCUUUGCCACCUCCCGUGGUGCACUAGCCUCCACGUCCUCCACCGGCACUGGGGUCAUGGUGGUGGCCACCGGCCCAGAGACCACCACCACCACCACCUGCAACAGCACUGCAGCAGGGACCCCCGAUCAGUCUGGACUGGGUGGGUUUGGCAUGGGUCUAGAUGGAGAGGACUACUGCAACUCCAACCAGAGCACCUUCAUCCAGAGACAGUUUGGAGCCAUGCUUCAGCCUGGUGUCAACAAGUUCAGCCUGCGCAUGUUUGGAUCCCACAAAGCUGUGGCACUGGAGCAGGAAAGACUGAAAUCAGCAGGGGCAUGGAUCAUACACCCCUACAGUGACUUCAGAUUCUACUGGGACCUGCUGAUGUUGCUGUUGAUGAUGGGGAACUUAAUCAUCCUGCCAGUGGGCAUCACCUUCUUCAGAGACGAGAACACUCCCUCAUGGAUCAUCUUCAAUGUGGUCUCUGACACUCUCUUCAUGGUUGACUUGGUUCUUAAUUUCAGAACCGGCAUUGUCAAGGAAGACAGCACUGAGAUAUUGCUGGAUCCAAGGGCGAUCCGCCAGAACUACCUGAAGAGCUGGUUCCUUGUGGACUUUGUGUCAUCCAUCCCAGUGGACUACAUCUUCCUGAUGGUGGACAGUCUGGACUCGGAGGUCUACAGGACGGCCAGGGCGCUGCGCAUCGUCCGCUUCACCAAAAUCCUGAGCCUGCUUCGGCUGCUCCGCCUGUCAAGACUCAUCCGCUACAUCCACCAGUGGGAGGAGAUUUUCCAUAUGACCUAUGACCUUGCUAGUGCCAUGGUGAGGAUUGUAAAUCUGAUUGGUAUGAUGCUGCUGCUGUGCCACUGGGAUGGCUGUCUCCAGUUCCUGGUCCCCAUGCUGCAGGACUUCCCACCUGACUGCUGGGUUUCCAAGAACCUGAUGGUGAACGACACAUGGGGCGUGCAGUACUCCUAUGCUCUAUUCAAAGCCAUGAGCCACAUGUUGUGUAUUGGCUAUGGUGCCCAGGCUCCAGAAGGGAUGACUGACGUGUGGCUCACCAUGCUCAGUAUGAUCGUAGGUGCCACCUGCUAUGCCAUGUUCAUUGGCCACGCUACUGCUCUCAUCCAGUCGCUGGACUCCUCACGGCGACAGUACCAGGAAAAGUACAAGCAGGUGGAGCAGUACAUGUCGUUCCAUAAGCUUCCUGCAGAUGUACGGCAAAAGAUCCAUGAGUACUACGAGCACCGUUUUCAGGGGAAAAUGUUUGAUGAAGAAAACAUCCUGGGAGAACUCAGUGAGCCACUUAAAGAGGAGAUUGUCAGCUUUAACUGCCGUAGCCUGGUGGCUAACAUGCCGCUGUUUGCCAAUGCUGAUCCCAACUUUGUGACCGCUGUGCUGACCAAGCUCCGCUUUGAAGUGUUUCAGCCUGCAGACUUCAUCAUCCGUGAGGGCACAGUUGGACGAAAGAUGUACUUCAUCCAACAUGGACGAGUCGGUGUGCUGACCCGUGGUAACAAGGAAACCAAACUGAGUGAUGGGUCUUACUUUGGAGAGAUCUGUUUGCUGACUCGUGGCCGGAGGACAGCCAGUGUUCGUGCAGAUACAUAUUGUCGUCUGUACUCUCUCAGUGUGGACAGCUUUAACGAGGUGCUGGAGGAACACCCGAUGAUGCGGCGUGCCUUCGAAACAGUCGCUGUUGACCGAUUGGACCGUAUUGGCAGGAAGAACUCCAUGCUCCUGCGGAAGUCAUCCCAGGGUGGUUCACUGGGAGGCAGUAUAGGUCGUGGUGGAGGCCGAGGUGGAGGAGGUUCUGGAGCAGGCGGAGGCUUGGCAGCAGGUGGUCUGGGUUCCUGUGACAACAUGCUGGUGCAGCAGAUUGUCAAACAUGACAGCAUGCCAGCCAUGCAAGAUGCCAUUGCUGCAGCUGCUGCAGGAAGAGGCGGAGUCAUGGGAGGAAGUGGCACAGUGUCUCCUCGGCCACGCCCGGUCAUCUGGGCGCCGCUGGUUCAUGCUCCCCUGCAGACCGCAGCGGCCACCAGCAAUGUAGCCAUCACCCUCAUGCACCAGCAGCAACAACAACAGCAGCAGCUCCAGCAAUUCCAGCAGCAACAUGCGCUUGCAAGUGCUUUCUUCCUGCCCUCCCCUCUUGUCUCCCCCUCUCCCUCCUCUACUUUCCCACUGUCUCCUCCUCGUGCUCCUGUCUUGCAGCCACUCCGUCCCUCUGUGAGCUCCCUCAUCGGAAUGAUGACAAUGGGAGGGAUGGGUGGUAUGUCCCCAAGAGGAGGAUUUCCUGCCUCCCCCUCGUCCAUUGGUCCUCCUGGUCCUGGUGGGGUCACAUCGCCGCCUAUUGCUAAGACUCCACCCACUCCAGCCUCUUCUGUUCCAACUUCUGUCCAACAAGGAAGGACUCUUCAUUACAGCCUCCGCCUCCAGGCUGAUUAUCCUUCAGUGAUUGCUGGAUCACUUGGAACUCCAACAGGAAGUGGGCCACCAACUCCACCCCUCCAUAAGGGACCAACCACCAACCUCCAAGCUGCUUCUGGUGCCCCAUCAGAUGGAAACAUGUCUGUGAUGAACCAGCAGGGGGCCAAAGAAGCUCUGUUACGUCAUGGAGGAAACAGCUCUCAGUGUCUGCCAGCACUGGGCAGACUCACGCAGGAGGCCAGGCUGCUGUCGGCCUCACAGCCCACCCUGCCUCACCGCUCAUGGGCUGGAGUGCAGCCUCACCCGCCUCUCCACCGGAAAGCCUCUGGUGGCAAUUUGUUGGCGGCUCCUUUCCUGGCAGGGCAGUUAGCUAGGGGAGGCAGUGCAGGCAUCCUUACCUCUAAUGCUCCAGUACAGCUGGUGGCAAAUAUACCAUUUAGUGCACAAGCUACACUUCCCAUUCAGCCCACUAUAGCACAGGCUGUCUCUGCACACACUGUCACAUACACACAAUCUGCACCUCAUGCUGCCUUGGUACCCACACCCACAGCUCCACACAUGCCUUCUGCAGUUUCUUUACCAUCUUCCUCUCCUCCGAAGCAAAUCCCACUCUCCUCUGACACCCCUUCACCUGCACUGACCCCCUCAUCACCUUCUCCAAUCCUCUCCCAGACACCCCGCCCAAAACCAAUCCCAAUGCCUCCAUCCCGCUCCUCCUCUCCUCCUCCCAAGCCCGACACCUUCUACUCGCUCAUCUUCUCCCUCUCCCUCCUCCACACCACCUCCAUCCUCUGUUUCUACACCUGUUCACCUACCUCAAACUUACGGGCCCAAGUCAUCUCUUACCGCUUCUUCUCCCCCUCCCUCCUCCUUGGUCACCUCUUCCCCACCACACCCCCAGAACCUGAGGGCCAAGGUGCCCAGUACACCUCCAUGUGCUUCUUCGUUGUCUGGCCCCAGUCCUACACCAACUCUAAUUGCGUCUCCAAUACCGACUCCCACCCAGACAACCCGCACCCGCACUUCUUCUACCUCCCAAACACCUACACAGACCCUCACACCUGUCACUCCUACCCAGACCUUCACGCCUACACCUCCCGCCUCUGUCAUCCCUGUUACACCUGUUCCCUCUCUCACACCACUUCGGGCUUCAGUCACUCCACCAAACCAACCCCACUGACAGCCUCAUCCUUGACAACUUUAUACGCAAACCCCACCACCUCUCCAAGUAUCCCAUCUGCUUCUUCUCAACCCCCAAAACAAAUGGCAACCACUACAGCUACCUGUGCCCAUCCCUCAAAACUCAAUAAACCCUCCGGCCCUGUCCAGCCCUCUCAGGCACCCACCGCUUCACCCUCUCAGUCAGCACAUGCAGCCACCCCUGUUAACACCACCACCCCUAAGGAUGGGGAAAAGGACCCUCUGCCAGCAGCCACCAGAACAGACUCGGAAGGACUAAGACACAAACUACCUGCCAACAUGUGA